AUGGCUUUCUCUGCAGUUUUCUCUCCUUCAUGCACCCCAAAAACACAGAGCAGCUUAUUGUCUUCAGCAAACUCUCCAUCUCUUUGCUCAACGACGUCGUUUCUGUCUCUACCCCAAGCAGGACGGAAAUUGCUCUCCCAGCCCCUGAGGCACAAAAGGGUUUCCCACAUCGAGGUUAACACCAAGAGGUCUUUUGGCAAAGUGAAGGCCUCAAAACAGAGCUUCGAGAACGUGGAAGUAUUCUCCAAGGAGCAUCUUGCUGUGACUUUGGCCCAUGAUGUUUCCGAACUCUCUAAGAAAUUUACAGAAGAGAGAGGGGCUUUCACCGUUGUUUUGUCUGGUGGAUCUUCUGUCAAGUACCUCAGGAAAUUAGCUGAAGAUCCAUAUGUUGGUUCUGUUGAUUGGUCUAAGUGGCAUGUUUUUUUAGCGGAUGAACGAGCCGUACCAAAGAAUCACCUGGAAAGUAACUACAAGCUCGUUCACGAUAGAUUUCUCUCCAGGGUGCGAAUUCCUGAUUCCAAUAUACAUGCCGUUGAUGAUACCCAACCAGCUGAUAAAGCAGCCGAAGCUUACGCGGAAACUGUGAGAAGCUUGGUUGAGAGCAGAGUGAUAGCUUCAUCAUCCACUGGGCUUCCAAAAUUUGACUUGAUGCUGCUGGAUAUGGGUCCUGAUGGCCACGUGGCUUCUCUGUUCUCAGGUCAUCCUCUUCUGCAGGAAAAUCAGAAAUGGGUUGCCUUCCUAAGGGACUCACCAAUUCCACCGGCAGAGAGAAUCACUUUUACGUUGCCUGUGAUUAAUGCUUCUUCCCGCAUAGCAAUUGUGGUCUCGGGGGCUGGGAAAGCAAACACAGUUGAGUCUGUAUUGGAAGAUGAUCAGAAAGGUUACAAGCUUCCUGUUGAAUUGGUAUCCCCUGUUGAUGGCCAAUUGAAGUGGUACUUGGACAAAGGUGCCGCUUCUAAGCUAUUUAACCUGCGCGUGUAGAGCAACUAUAUUAGUCUCUCUGGUUUUUAUGUGAAGCUCUGAUUAGCAGUGCCUUUGUCUGGCACCUCUCAGUUAAAUGUACAAGGGAAAGAUGGAAUGUAAAAGCCUAGUUCUUUGAGAUAUGAACUCGAACCAGUCUUACUAUAAA